AUGAGCGCAUCCGCUCCAUUCCGUCUUUCCACUUCUUGUCCUUUUCCUUCGCGGCCUUCUCCGUCUGCCUCCCCCUGUUCGUUAGCACAAGGGCCUUCUUCGCCUUCUUCGUCUUCGCAGCCGUCUGCUCUUUUCCCUUUGCCUGCUGGUGCGUCUUGUGAGUUUCCUCAACUUGCUUCGGCUUCUGUCCCCCUCGUUCCCUCUUUGUCUUUGUCGCCGAAAAAGAUAGCGGCACCUGACAGUGAACUUGACUCGGUGUGUUCCAGCGAACCCGUUCUCCUCAGUCUUCACUGUCUUCCUCCAAGUGCCGAGUCAAAAACGAACGAGACUCCUUGUGCCUCUGCACCGAGCAAGAAUAUUCAGGUGGUCUGUCGUCUGCGCCCGAUACAAAACGAGACAGGUGACCUUUCCAUUCUUCCGAAUUGCGAGCAGGCAGUCGGACUCUCCCCCGCCUGCAAGGCGAACGGCGCUUUUUCCUUACAAGGCAACAGUAUCCAUGUCCGCUCUCCACCGUCUGUCUCCUCUUCUGGAGGCGUAGGCAGCGCAAUAGGCGGCAGAGGAUCACAGGAUUUUACAUUCGAUUAUGUGUUUGGCGAGCACAGCUCCCAGGAAGCGAUCUUUGAGAGAAUAGGCAAACCUCUUGUACACUCUGUGUGCUCCGGUUUCAAUGCGACUCUGUUAGCUUAUGGACAAAGUUCGAGCGGGAAAACCUACACAAUUAUAGGCGACCGAGAUCAGGAAGAGGUCCUACAUCAUGGGGACAAACACAACGAAGGAGAAAAGGAGGAACGAGGGGAACAAAAAGAAAAUGCAGGCGUCGAGGCGGAAGAGAAACAAACACAUCAGUUCACGUCAACUCGUCAUAGAGAAGGGUUAGGUGACAAAAAUGGAUGCGGCAGAAGAGGCGAGGCAGACGAGAAAUGGGCGGACAGAAGAGUAAGGGAAGGUGAUGGCCUAUUACCCAGGAUGAUAAAUGGACUCUUUGCUUGGACGAAAACGAACGAAAAUCCAGCAGUUCGGCGGUGCAUCCGCACAGCAGCUAUUGAGAUCUAUAACGAGACUAUAAGGGACCUUAACAGCGGAAGAUGUGGACUUAAGAUACAGAGACAAAAACCGCGCAAAAGCGCACAAGGAGUUGUUGCCAUUGCUGGAUUAGAAGAGAAAAUAGUUAGCGAGCCCUCUGAAGCUUUCGGUGUACUCGAGAAAGCAAUCAAGGCAAGACGGGCUGCCGCCACACGCAUGAACGCUGCAUCCAGCCGAUCGCACUUCAUUUUUUGUAUUACACUCCAAGAAACCGUGCUGGACACAGGGACGAUGAUAAACAAAAGUUUAACUUGUCUGGGAAAAGUGAUUUACGCUUUGGCUGCGCUUGCAGAGAAGACCCACGACACCGGGCCUUCCCAGAGCGCUUCUCGCCCUUCCACCGCGUCAUCCCUUCCCUCUUCUUCUCUUCCUUCGUCGCAAUAUCAGCAGCCAACUGUAGGAUCUUCCACGAACGGUUCCUCGUUUGUGCCUUACAGAGAUUCGAAGCUCACACGGGUGUUACAGGAUGCGUUGGGCGGCAACUCAAAUACUUGUCUCAUCCUCACUUGCUCUCAAGACGCCGUACACUUGAGUGAAAGCAUCUCGACACUCAGGUUUGGACAGCGCGCAAUGUGCGUCAAGAACUCCCCGAAAAUGAAUCUGAAAAAGGCGUACGAGGAGGAGGAAUUUCGGUACGAAAAGCGACACCAGCAGCUGCAGUCGGAGUAUCAAGCAUUCGUCUCCAAUGUGAUGAGCUGGGCUCAUUUCACCGUUCUUAAAUUUGCUCGAACUCAAGUACGUCUCCGACGCUCUUCUGCGCAGCCUCCGGCCACCUCGUGUUCCUUCUCCUCGGCUUUGUCUCCUUGUCGAAAUGAGGCAAUGGUCCCAAACAGACAAGGAAACCGUCUUCCCCGCUCUCGAGACAAAACCAAAAGUCGGGUAAUCGCCUUCUGUCAAGAAGGCCGCACACAUUUGGAUUCGACGAUGUUCGGAAAGCCAGAAGAACAGACUGAAAGUCUUUGGUCGGACAUUGUGGAGGUCUUUUCAGCAAUGCCAAAACCAUCAGUGUCCCUUCCUUCAGGAUCUUUCAACCAAAAAGAAUUUCUCGACAAUCUAAGGCAAAAUGUGAACUGCAUACUCUCUGGGGAUGGGCAGGAGGUGCGCAACGAUGCAGAGCCUCGCCCCAGGCCCCAGAGCAAAGACAGUGAGGAGAAAGAGGAAGACGAAAGGGAAACGGAAGACAAGUGCGAAAGAGGAGCAAACGACGAUCCUGCCAAGAAGACUGGCUGCGCCCGCAGUUCACACAAGGAAACAACCUCCGCACGCGUGUUCUCCACAGACGACGGAGAAGGAAAAACUGAAGAAAUGACACAUGAAGAAAAUGAAGAUGUGAACUACCUCAGUCUGUGGGCCGAAGAGGAUGCGUCCACCUUUUCCUCUCGCAUAAGAAACGUUAUCCAACCUGGGGAAUCCCGUGGCUCAGAAGCGCGUGUACGAGACGGCCACGGAGUUAUACUCCGGAACCUCGAAGACGAGAUUGAGGCAUAUGUGCGCCUUCGUCAAGACUUCCACCGUAGGCAAACGCACGCUCGUUUUCUUACUCUCGGCGACGUCAUUUCUCCAAGUUCUGCCCUUCCUUCGGAACUCCAAGCAGUCCAUUCAGGUUGCUCAGAGGCGCAGAAAGUGUCAUCCGAAAGAACCUCUCACAUUGAAAGUGCGAUGCUGACGUUUAAGAAAAAAUAUUUAUCGAACAGGACACUGCAGCACGAACCCUGUUUGUGCCAACAGGAGACGAAAGGAAACAUCCAGAAGAAAAAGACGAGCGAUUUCCUAGCAGCAAAUACGGGAACGAGAUCUGAACGAGAGACAGAAGAAAUGUUAAACGAUCAAACACUUCUUCCGAUUGAGACAAAGGACGAAGUUGAAGACAGGGAGCAACCCCCAUUUCCGUUGUCGUUUAUUGUGGAAGACGAAGAGAAAGACGAAGGAAUCGAACGCCAAGCUUCACGACGCUCGGUUGCUGUGAAGGAGCCAAAGAAACAAGAGCGUACCACAACAGGAUCUGUGAAUGAUAGGGCGUCUCCAACGCGAGAACCACACGAGUUUCAAUUUCCUUUUGUGUGUCAUCGGCGGCUGAAAACAGAAUGCCUCAGACAAGCCGUUAGAAAAGACGACGAGUUUCGAAAGAAACACACGCGAAAAGUGGAAAAGAAACCAUUGGACGGAGACGUUGACAUCCCAUGUGAGAAAGCAAAUGAAACUCUCUGGCUGUGGGAAAAGGUCCUGCAGCUGCUCGAAAAAGACGGUGCAGAACAGGAAGAAAAGACUGGUUUGGAGGCAUAUAUAAGGUGUCAAGACGAGCACAUAAGGCAGUUACACAGUGGGGUACAAAUGCUUCUCCAACAUGAGGAAACACAGAGGCGAAAGUAA